CUACGCAUCCGUUCUUGAGUUUGGGGCGUAGCGCACGGGAGCAAGACUUGGGUAUUUCUGGUGCAGCAGACAACAAACAGUUGAGAUAACGAGCAAUUAUCUGGACAGCUUGAAUGGAGAAAGUGCCCUCCUCAACGUCUGCCACCGACAGGAGUACCCCCGUCGAGUCAGAUGCUGUUGACACCAGGGAGGAAGCGCCUCCGAGCUUAUGAGAGAACGCUUUGGUGUGCCAUACAUUUCUGUGCACGCGGUCUGUUAAUUUGACGCGGUCGCCAUCGUUGGGAAUAGACCUGCGAAGUUCAUCGCUGCCUAUUCCUGUUACGGGAACUUUUUCUCCAAGUCUCUCCCUUUUUUUCCUUCUCUCUUCCUCUCCCUCUCUUCUCGCCAUGUGUGAGAGUACGUGGGGUAUUUUGGAUAGCUCAGCGAGCACCAUCUGAAUCUCUCUCUCUCUAUCUCUCUGUCUCUCUCUAAAAUGGAUAUUUACUCAUCAAAAUUAUCGAAAGCGGUGGACCUUGGAAUUGGCGCCUAUCUAAUUGUCCUCGCCAUUCUGUCCACCGUAGGGAACAUCCUGGUGCUGGUCAUGGCGGCCAGGCGCUCGAGGCAGAUGAAGCCGCCGGAGCUGCUGAGCGUCAACCUGGCGUUGACGGACCUGGGCGCGGCGGUCAGCAUGUACCCCCUGGCGGCGGCGGCGGCCUGGAACCACGGCUGGAUCGGCGGCGACGUGGCGUGCCGCUACUACGGCUUCGCAGGCUUCUUCUUCGGGGUGGCCAGCAUGGCCACGCUCACCGUCAUGGCCGUGGUGCGCUUCAUCGUCUCCACCAACCUCCAGUCACCCAAGGAUCGUGUGACGAGGCGUAACGUGUCCUUUCUGAUGGCCUCCAUCUGGGUGUACGCGCUGCUCUGGGCGCUCUUCCCCCUGCUGGGCUGGGGUGCGUACGGCCCGGAGCCGUUCGGCCUAUCCUGCACGCUGGCCUGGUCCAACCUGCAGCAGCUGCCCAACGGCGUCUCCUUCGUGCUGGCCAUGUUCUCCAUGAACCUGGCGGUGCCCUCCGUCACCAUCAUCGCCUGCUACGCGGGCAUCGCGCUGCGCCUGCGCAGCACUCUCAAGGCCAUCGACAGCAAGCACGUGCCCAGCACCAUCAAGAUGCAGAGGAGACUCAUACUGAUUGCCAUGUUGAUCAGCUGUGGUUUCCUGGCCAGCUGGACUCCUUAUGGCAUGGUGAGCCUGUGGUCGGUGUACCGCGAAUCUGGCUCCAUCCCGCCGCUGGUCAGCAUGCUCCCCUGCCUGUUCGCCAAGACCUCCACCGUCUACAACCCCCUCAUCUACUACGCCUUCAGCAAGACCUUCAAGGCCCAGGUGCAGCAGCUGUGCUGCCGCGCGUGCCCCGGGGCCAGUGGCCGACACACCAAGGGCGCCAGGAACACAGUCUACCUAGAGACUGAGUACUGCAGCCCCAGGCUGCCCCCGCUACAGCCACGGGGAGGCUGUGCGGACGGGAAGGCGGUUGGCGGAGACGGAGGCUCGGAGGGACAGCAGGAGACCCAGCUGAAUACCCAGCUGAAUACGGAGCGUCAGUGAGCUACGGCUUUGCGUUUCGGAGCGAAGCGGUGGAUCUAGGACGGGAUCGUAACACCAGCCUGGAUUUGGCAGCACAGAGAGUACACAGACACAAAUGUGCACAUUUGCACACAUACAUGCUACUCUCACUCUGUCUCUCUCUUUCACUCUGUCUCUCUCUCUCUCACUCUCUCUCUCUCUUGCUCUUGCACGUGCGCACACACGAACACACGCUCACACACACGUGCGCGUACACACACACAUGCGCACACACAUGCGCGCGCACACGCACGCACGCACGUACGCACACACGC